CGUUCUUUUUUUGUCCUUUUAUCUCAAACUUAAAUCCAGUUUCAAAAUUUUCCACUCGCCCCUACAAAAUUAAUCCGUUUUUUGAAUUUUCCAUUUUCUUCGGGUCUCUGCUCUCUGGGAUUUUCUUUUCCUGGUAGGUUUCUGAAGUUUUAGCAGCCAUGGCGGCCAAGUUCGGUUCGUUUAGAUACAAUUUUGCAGAGAAACGAGAGAGAUUGCUGUCGACGAACAAGGGAUAUUCGGAGCUGGGUACCUUCGUCCCCAUAGAAGACGAUGAAGAAAACCAAUAUGAGUCUUCUCGUUGCUGCUCUUUCCGAUCGAUUUCCGAUAGGCUAGUUAGUUGGGUUAGGACGGUACAAGAAGUUUCGACUAAGGCCUGGCAGAUGGGUAUGUCCGAUCCAAGAAAGAUCAUCUUCUCGGCGAAGAUGGGUCUGGCUCUCUCGCUCAUUUCGUUGCUGAUUUAUCUAAGAGAACCGUUUAAGGACUUGAGCCGUUAUUCCGUUUGGGCUAUUCUCACUGUCGUCGUCGUCUUUGAGUUCAGUAUAGGAGCAACUCUUAGCAAAGGAUUUAACCGUGGUUUGGGUACAUUAUCUGCUGGAGGGCUUGCUUUGGGCAUGGCAGAGCUCUCAAAAUGUGCUGGAGAAUCGGAAGAAGCUUUAAUAAUUGCUAGUAUCUUUAUCGUAGGAUUUUUAGCAACUUAUGCCAAAUUAUACCCAACGUUGAAGCCUUACGAAUACGGUUUUCGAGUGUUCAUCUUGACAUAUUGUUUCAUUAUGGUAUCGGGUUAUAGGACUGGGGAAUUCAUUCAAACAGCUGUUACAAGAUUCCUUCUCAUUGCACUUGGCGCUGGAGUUGGUUUGGGUGUAAAUAUAGGCAUAUAUCCCAUCUGGGCUGGUGAGGAUCUUCAUAAUUUGGUAGCUAAGAAUUUCAUAGGGGUUGCAACCGCUUUGGAAGGUUGUGUGCACAAUUACCUAAACUGUGUUGAAUAUGAAAGGGUCCCUUCAAAAAUUCUCACCUACCAAGCUUCUUCUGACGAUCCACUCUAUAAUGGGUACAGAGCAGCUGUAGAAUCUACAAGUCAAGAAGAUGCUCUGUUGGGAUUUGCUAUCUGGGAACCACCUCAUGGUCGUUAUAAAAUGUUUAAAUAUCCAUGGAAGAACUAUGUAAAAGUAAGUGGCGCAUUGAGGCAUUGUGCAUUUACUGUCAUGGCAUUGCACGGAUGCAUACUCUCAGAAAUACAGGCUCCACCGGAGAGAAGACUAAUUUUCUUUAAUGAGCUUAGAAGGGUAGGAUCAGCAGGUGCUCAAGUGUUACGUGAACUUGGAAACAAAAUUAAAAAGAUGGAGAAAUUAGGAGAAUUGGACAUACUUUUAGAAGUGCAUGAAGCUGCAGAAGAGUUGCAAAAGAAAGUUGAUAAGAAGUCCUACCUUCUUGUCAAUUCAGAAAGUUGGGAAAUUGGUAACAGGACAAAUGAAAUUGGUGCACCCCAAGAGUCCUUGAACAUGGAUGAUGAAGAAACCAAGUAUCAUGAAUACAAGUCUUUGAGCGAAGCUGUACUAGAUCUCAAAUUUGUUUCUGCGCCAAAAAGUUGGGAAAACAAUGUUUCCACAGGCACUGCCGGAUUCAACCACGACGGCAUUAAGUCUUUACCAAGUGCCAUGAAGUAUACACCUUCAGGUGUUCCCCCUGAUAACUUAUUCAAGAAUACAUCAUGGCAUGCAGGGCUUUCUGUUAAUGCCAAUGGAGAGUCUACACAAGAAGAAUCAAAAACUUAUGAAAAUGCAAGCGCAUUGUCAUUAGCUACGUUCACAUCUCUUUUGAUUGAAUUUGUAGCAAGGCUUCAGAAUCUUGUUGUCGCAUUUGAAGAGUUGAGUGAGAAAGCGAGGUUCAAAGAACCGAUAGAGUUACCAGAAACUAUGGAAUCAAAUGGAUUUUGGACCAGAAUGUUUAGCUGUUGGAAGUCUUAGAAUGCAGAUCCAAGCACGUAACAACAGUAUUUGGUAGUGAAAAGAAAAUGGACCUUGCAAUGACUACGUCAAUGAAGGUCUGCUGCUAGUCACAAGAGUUGAUGACACUAAUUUUGCUGCUUGAAUAACGAAUCCUCUAUUUUCGACUGGUGAUGACUUCCCAAGCUGGCUUAGAUGACAAAAUUCAUAUAUAGUUCCAAUGAUGUAAAAAGUCGAGAAAAUCUAAUUGGGAAAUAAUAACGUGUAAUAUGACGAUUCAAAUCAAAUUGAUAUAUUUUCAAAUGGCA